UCCUCCUCCUGGAGAGGGCGUGCGAGGCAGACCGCGAGAGCGGCAGCGAGGGAGCGAGCGAGCGGGCGCUGCCGGAGCCCGCAGCCCGGGCGUGCGCCGCUGCCGGGAGCCCCGCAAUAUGCCGCCGCGGCCCUCUGGCUCUCGGCCAUGGCGAGGCUCAGCCGGCGCGUCCCUUGUACCCUGCUGCUCGGCCUGGCCGCGCUGCUGCUGAAGGCGCGGCUGGUCCCCGCGGCCGCUCGAGCCGAGCUCAGCCGCUCCGACCUCAGCCUCAUCCAGCAGCAGCAGCAGCAACGGCAGCAGGAGGAGGCUGAGGAGGAGAGGCCAGAGGUGCCGGGGGCAUCCUCCACCGUCGCUGUUCCAGUGUCUGUAUUUAUGCUGAAAGUGCAGGUGAAUGACAUCAUCAGUCGUCAGUACCUGAGUCAAGCAGUUGUAGAAGUGUUUGUAAACUACACGAAAACAAAUUCCACAGUAACUAAAAACAAUGGAGCAGUGUUGAUAAAAGUACUCUAUAAAUUAGGACUCAGCUUAACCAUCAUUGCUUACAAAGAUGGCUACGUGUUGACACCUCUGCCUUGGAAGACCAGAAAAAUGCCAAUAUAUUCAUCAGUUACACUUUCACUGUUCCCGCAAAGCCAAGCAAAUAUAUGGCUCUUUGAAGACACUGUUUUAAUUACUGGGAAAUUAGCUGAUGCCAAAUCUCAACCAAGUGUUCAGUUUUCAAAAGCCUUAAUUAAACUACCCGACAACCAUCACAUUAGCAAUGUAACAGGCUAUCUUACAGUUCUACAACAGUUUUUGAAAGUGGACAAUUUCCUGUAUACAACUGGAAUUACUCUCAAUAAAUCAGGUUUUGAAAGUCUUGAAUUGACUCCUCUUGCUGCAAUAUGUGUGAAAAUAUAUUCUGGAGGAAAAGAAUUAAAGGUGGAUGGCUCUAUUCAAGUUUCUCUCCCCCUUCUACAUACAAAUGAUGUAAGUGCAGGGGAUCACAUACCUGCCUGGACAUUUGAUAUGAACAUAGGUGCUUGGGUAAAUCAUGGCCGGGGAACAGUCAAGGCAUAUAAUAAUCACUUAAUUUGGACAUAUGAUGCACCACAUUUGGGCUACUGGAUAGCAGCUCCAUUUCCAGGAACUAGAGGUUCAGGUAGAAAUGGAGACUCCAGGGACAUAACUGCCUACCACACGGUGUUCCUCACUGCCAUAUUAGGAGGCACAGUAGUCAUUGUCAUUGGAUUUUUUGCUGUGCUUCUUUGUUAUUGCAGGGAUAAGUGUGGUACUCCACAGAAAAGAGAAAGAAAUAUCACUAAACUCGAAGUCCUCAAGAGAGACCAGACAACUUCAACCACACACAUAAAUCAUAUCAGUUCAGUCAAAGUUGCAUUAAAAGCUGAGGACAAGUCACAGUUAUUUAAUGCCAAAAACUCCUCAUAUAGCCCUCAGAAAAAGGAGCCAUCAAAGGCAGAAGCAGAAGAAAGAGUUUCCAUGGUAAAAACUCGGGACAAUUUUAAAAUCUACAAUGAGGAUGUUCCAUUUCUAUCAGCCAGUCAAAACAAUUACUCAAGAAACCCAACACAGUCUUUGGAGGCCACUGCAGGGUCUAAACAACCUAAACAUAUGAACAACAAUCUGUCUUCAUCUCUAGGUGAUGCACAAGAGGAAAAGAGAUACCUCACAGGUAAUGAGGAGGUGUAUGGACAUUCCCACAUUCCUGAACAGCUUAUGCAUCUCUACAGCCAACCCAUUGCCAUUCUUCAAACGUCUGACCUUUUUGCCACUCCAGAGCAGGUACAUACUGCUAAGUCAGCUACUUUGCCAAGAAAGGGACAGUUAGUCUAUGGCCAAUUGAUGGAACCAGUAAGCAGAGAGAACUUUACACAGACAUUGCCCAAAAUGCCAGUGCAUUCUCACGCACAGCCCCCAGCUGCCAGGGAAGAGAACAUCCCACUCGAAGGGCAACAGAGCCUGCCAUCGCAAACUUCAGAUUGGAGCCGGUAUUCAAACAGCUUACUAGAAUCGGUUUCUGUGCCUGGAACACUAAAUGAAGCUGUCGUGAUGACUCCCUUCUCAUCAGAGCUUCAAGGAAUUUCAGAACAGACCCUCCUGGAGCUGUCCAAAGGAAAGCCUUCCCCCCACCCCAGAGCAUGGUUUGUGUCUCUUGAUGGAAAACCAGUCGCACAAGUGAGACAUUCCUUUAUAGACCUGAAAAAGGGCAAGAGAGCCCAGAGCAAUGACACGAGUUUGGACUCUGGGGUGGACAUGAAUGAGCACCACUCAAGUAGAAAACUCGAGAGGGAGAAAACUUUCAUCAAAAGCAUGCAUCCGCCUAAGAUCCUUUACUUAGAAGAUUUAGACCUGAGCAGUAGCGAGAGUGGGACCACUGUUUGCUCCCCUGAGGACCCGGCUUUAAGGCACAUCCUAGACGGAGGGAGCGGGGCUAUCAUGGAACACCCUGGGGAGGAGUCUCCAGGAAGAAAAAGCACUGCUGAAGAUUUUGAAGCCAAUAUAUCCCCCACGAAAAAGAGGGGCAGACCACCACUAGCCAAAAAGGAUAGCAAGACUAAUAUUUGGAAGAAGCGCGAGGAACGCCCACUGCUUCCCAUAAAUUAACGCCGAGGGUGGUUGUGUCUCCGCUGUCUCGUGUUGUUUAUUCUUGCUUCUUGUAAAUUGCUGUAUGAACUUUUUAAGAAGUUGAGACUGAGCAAGCUCAUGGUCCCUGGACAUGUCUCAAGCAGAGUAAAUAGUAAAAUGGCAAUUCACUACUGAAAGAGAAAGAUACCAAGAAAUGCUUUUUCUGGCCUAUUCUUUUCAUUUAUUUUUGGGUGAUGAAUUUGAAGUAUCCAAGAGCUCAAAAUGUAAAAUAGUUUCAGGAUGUUUGUUAGUUAUCUGAAAAUGUUGCUCAUUCAGCCAAUUUAGCCCUCUUAAGAAUAACAGUGAAAUGUGUACUCCCCCAAAGUUGCUUCCAAAAAUGUUGCCUCUGCUUUGAUGCCUGCCCCUGCGAAACAUUUAGAAAUGAAACUGUAUUCUUUGGGCAUCAUAGUCUUGUGAAAUAUUACUGUUAUGUUCUCCUCUGCCUAUAGGUGAAAAUAACAAUAAAUGUUCUCUGUUGGUGUUACUCUAGAAUUUAAAGGCCAAACAACAUUUCCUUUUCUGCAAUAAACGGCAUGUGUACUGUAUCAACCCCAAAAUAAAUCUUACUCAUGUAAGAUAGGCAAGAAGCUACUUGGUUGUUAGAGAGGGAAAUAGCAGCUCUUUGGUUGUGUUUGGAUAUAACUUCACAGGAUAAAUGAUAAGAUGUUAACUUGUUAUUUAGAAAUCUGAAAAAUGAACGCUCUGAUACUUUCAUUUUUAUUUUAAAUUUUCUUUUUUUCCCUGCUUCUAUAGUGAAAUGAGCUUAGCUGUCAAGGAAAACUUUUAGCAAUCUGAAAAAACAAAACAAAACAAAACCUAUAUCUUUAAGACUCACUGAUACAUGUAGGCUAAAAUCAGCUUUAGGAUAUUUUUUCUAUCCCCCCGCCAUUCAUUCAUUUUAAACUUGAUUUAAAAUUUAAUAUAUAGGUGAUCAUAAGAAACUUUCAGUUUAUUAACAAAAUAUGUGAAGCUAAAAGAAAUGAACAUUUCAUUUUUUUUUGAAAUGUUGAUGAGCAGGAAAAUAAAUUCUAUUUCCCUAUGACUCAAAAAAACCUUUAGAAUAUUAGGGUAUAUAUCCAGAUGUUUUUCUCUUGACAUUCAUAAAACAUGUUUUAGGAAAUAUUUCAAUUUAAUGGAGAAAAAAGUUUUUUUAAAUCACUUGGAGCAUUUGCAACAUUUUUUCUAGUUUUGAAAGUAAUAUAUCCAUGCUCUUUUCAUAUAGAAAAGAAUUCAGAAUGAAUACAUUCAACAGCUGUUUUUAAUUAUAAUUGUCUUCAACUCUGAAUUAUCAUUCAUAUGUCCUAAAAAUAAAGCUCUUUGUUAAUUAAAAUCAGCUCAUCCCAUUUUUCUUAAAAUUUCCAUGAAGGCAAAUAUCUGAAGCAGCUUCCCCUUUCCCUUGGGGGAAAAGUAAAACUAAAUUACUUUAUUUCUCAUCCUCUUCUAUUCAACAUGGGAGCAACAUAGAGACCCAAGGCACAUAAACAAUUUGAAAGAAGCAAAAUUAGCCAUAUUAACUUUAGUCAAAUUAUAGAUGGCUAGUCAGUGAAAGACAACCAUUUUUUUUUUCCCCCAAGAUAGUCGACUUCAGCCAGUUUUUUCCUGUAAUUACUUUAGUUUUUCCUAUAACACCUAACCUGUCAGAUAAUACUCCUUUCUGAAUUAACCCAAAGAACUUAAAAACAUAGGCAAAAGUUUGCCAUAUUUUAUCCAAUCCAUAGGAGGGAGAAAUAUUUGGGGUAAUACCUAGGUUUAGUUUUUUGAGUAGGAGGUUUCU